CAAAAGAAAACAUGCCGCUAGGCAUAGAUAGAACUCACUUUUAUGCAGAAAAGGUUAAAAGACAGGAGAAAGAAAUACGUGCCAAAGAUGAGAGGGUUGCCCAGCUUGAAACAGAAAAUGCCAUGUUAUAUCUUAAACUUGCCCAACUACAUGGCACAGUGCAAAGUGUCAGACAAGAAAACUCAUCACUUAAUGAACAAGUGGAGUCAGAACAACAAUUCCGUAAUGGUGUAUCUGGGACAGCAAUUAAAUUACACAGAGAGUUAGAGACUAUUAGAAAUGAUCUCAGAUCACUCCAGUCCAUUGCCAUAGAUAUACCAGAGCAGUUCCAGAAGUACACCACUCAGGCCAACAAAGUUGUCCAGCGUCACAGACAGGUGUUCCAAUCCCAGAAUUCCAGUAUGACCUCUCUCCAGUCCCAGGUGACCAAUAUGGAGCUGGCUCUGCAAGAGAUCACUGAGCGACAUGCCAAGGAGAAGAAACGGAGACAGGAACUUCACAAUAUCCUCAUGGAGUUGAGAGGAAAUAUACGUGUUCACUGUAGAAUUCGCCCUCUGAUGGAGUUUGACUGUGGGAAUGAAGAUUCUGGAUCUCUAGGGAAGCCAGGCACUCGCUCAGAAGUGGUGGUGCAUUUUGUUGAUGAUGAGAAUGUCUGCUGUCGUACAGCAAAACACAACAAAGUUUUUGAAUAUGAAAGAGUGUUUGGCCCUACAGAGUCCCAGAAUGAUAUCUUUGAAGAAGUUCAGCCCAUGUUAACCUCCCUGUUAGAUGGGUAUAAUAUUUGUAUUAUGGCCUAUGGACAGACAGGGAGUGGUAAGACUCAUACCAUGCUGGGGAGUCAUAAAAAUGAAGAUUACAACCCCUCUAGGGAGCCCCACAGAGAUGAAGGGGUCAUACCAAGAGCAGCAAGAGAACUCUUUAGGUUAAUAUCAGAGAAACAGUCAGCCACACACAAAAUAGAGGUGUCUGUGCUUGAGAUAUACAACAACGAGAUUAGGGAUCUUCUCAGCAAUGACCCCAGUAUCAAACAUGACAUCAAUACAAGUACUGAUGGCACAGUCAGUGUUCCUACAUUAUCCUCAAAGCAGGUGGAUACUGUUUAUGAUGUCAUGUGUCUUGUUCAGCAUGGCCUCCGAACCAGGAGAGAAUCAGCAACCAUGGUUCAUGAACACUCGAGUCGUUCACACCUUGUGGUGACCUUGACAGUCAUUUCUCAGGCUCCCAGCUUCUUUUCCAAGACUUCCUCUGGAUCUUCUCAAGAUUUGAGUUCACCUAGGUCACCAAAUUCACCAAGGUCGACAAAACAUUUCAAGGAUUUCUUCAAUAAUAUUCCCUCUAAUCUCAAAAUUAUACAGCGUGAUAUAAGAGGGAGAUCAUAUUCCACAUCGUCUGCCCCUAACCUUGGUAACCUGUCCAAUACCUGGUCUGGCGCUGACCAAUCCCAGGCCUCCACUGUCCCAGGGAUGGGAGCCGUCAUUCGCACCAAGCUUCAGCUUGUUGACUUAGCUGGAAGUGAAUGUGUGGGUAUGAGUGGAGUGAAGGGUGCUGCUCUCAGAGAAGCUUCCAACAUCAACAAGAGUUUAUCAGCUCUAGCUGAUGUUCUAGGAGCCCUGGCAGAACACAGAUCUCAUGUUCCAUACAGAAAUACCAGGCUCACUCAUCUCCUGCAAGACUCCAUAGGUGGAGAUGCCAAGCUGUUGGUACUUUUAUGUGUCUCCCCAGCCCAGAGAUAUAUCACAGAAUCUCUGCAGUGUCUGGGAUUUGGAACAAGAGCUCGGCAAGUCCAGCGUGGCCCAACAAAGCGACGGCUGCCAUCCUCUGCCGAGAAAGUGGACUCUUCAAGUGUUCGUCCCAGAUCUGCCUCCACUGCAACUGGACCUAGUUUUAUUCCAAAACCAACCUGAACUGACUUGUUUACUCCAAAACCAAUCUGAACUGACCAAAUUUAUUCCAAAACCAGCCCAAUCUGACCAGUUUUACUUUUAUUCACAAAUAAGAAUUUUCUGUGAUAUUUUUUAUCUGUGAUAUCAUGGUAAUAUUCAGUCAUACAUGUAUUUAUCAUAUUUUAACUAGUAGUAAAUAGCUCCUAGAAACCGAGUAGUUCAUUUC